AUGGAUGAAUUUGAAUGGGUCAAGUCAUUUGCGGAGUCUAGCUAUGGUACAAUUAGCGAUACUUUUUCGCUACCGGUAGAAACAGAGAAUUUGGAACCGUUGCCUCCAACGACUUCGCGGGGUUCUUUCGCGUCAUUCGUCUGCCAUGUCACUAAUCUGGAGCGUCAGCUGCGUUCGUUUUCACCCAUUGUUCUUGAUAAUUCUUCAACCGUCAGAGUUACGGGCAAGAUACUAGGUCAGGGGAAGACAUUUAUGGUCAAGCAUGCUCAAUGGAUUCGAGAUGAAAAGGAGCCACCUCUCGAAGUCGCCUUGAAGGAGAUCAUCCCAGACCUUAAAGCGUCAAAUGAGAGCCCAAGUUUUUCUUCUGGCUCUAGCCGCCUGGCACAGAACGACUGGAAAGAGAUCUUGUUUGAGAUUCGAGCUCUCCUUCACGAACCUAUUCGAUAUCAUCCCAAUCUUAUCCGACUGCUGGGCAUCCAAUGGGGAAUCUCGCCGAUUUCAGAAUCCACUUACCCCGUGCUGAUUAUGGAGUAUGCAUCGCUUGGUACCUUCGCAGCCUUGCAGGCAUCUUCUGAGCCAUUGCCGUUUUCAGUCAAGCAGAAGCUGUGCUACGACGUUGGGCGGGGGUUGUCCGCGCUCCACGCAUGCGGAAUUGUGCAUGGAGAUAUGAAACAUGAAAACGUGCUUAUUGUCCCGGCCAAGGAACCACUCGACAGUAUUCCAUAUACUGCGAAACUCGCCGAUUUCGGUGGUGCCGUCAUGGAUAUGACUCCUUGGGAAUCUCGAAAGAUGGAAACCUGGACGUGGCCCUUUCAAGCGCCAGAAAUCACGAAUGACCAGCGUCUCUCGAAGGAUGAAAUGAUACUCACUGACGUCUACUCUUUUGGCUUACUAGUUUGGAGGGCGUUUGAGGACGGCGAGGGUUUUGUGUCGCUUCCUGGAGCAGCACAGGAUGCAAUUGACGAAGAUAAGCGCAACUUAAGCGCUUCAAAAGCAUCUCAAAGCUUCACUUCUACUGCUGUCGCUAGUAUCCGCGACUAUGCUAGCAUAAGAGGAAUAUCGGAGCGCUGUGUAGAUACAAUUACGUAUACCAUCCUCCACACCAUCCGACUGAAACCACAGGAUCGGGAUCUUGUCAAAGCCCAAGCAGCAUUGCGAGGCUUGAAUCCUGGUCACAUUCCCAAAUAUUUGGAUUUCAUCAAGAAGAUGAACGAGAAACUAGCAGCCAGUGAGGCUGGGAGACAACCUGGAAAACAUGGAAUUACCCGAGAUAGUGCUGCAUUGUUUCUUGGGCGAUAUGGUAAUGACGUAGACUUUCAGGAUAACAUGCCAGGCUUUCGACCUCGACUGAACGAGCCUAAUCCCGAAAAACUUUUGUUUGAGCCAGAGAGAUUAAAAACGAUCUUGACUUGGGACCAACAACGGCAGAUGUUGGACGAAAUGAAAGCCGCUGCUGACAGUGUUGCAAGUUCACUUGGGGGCUUUUUCGAAAUGAACAAAACUGUCGCUGCGUUCUACGUGUUUCAGAGUUGCCUACUGGAAUUUGGCACGACAUUCAACGCCAACGAGGCCGUACAGUGGCUGUUGAAAGCCUCUUCCAACGACGACAGCCACGAGGAUGCAGAUUACUUGUCGCAGGCCUGGCUGUGGCGGAUCUCACGCGCGCUCGACGUCAGUGUCGACCUCGCUCCAGAGAGACUUGAGUCCCUCCUACAGGUCUCCGUGAUGCGAGGUCACUGGUGCUGUCUCCAAGACAUACUUGAGCUCGUUAACAGUAAUACUGGGUCAAUUCAACAGCAGUGGUGGGGCAAAUUUCAGCAGUUUCGUAACAUCUUGCUUUCGCAAAUGGGUGCCGUUGGAAUGGGCUACUUCUACCGGCCGCAUAUGACACGACCCUGGAAUACAGUCAACAUGAGAGAUACCAAGGACCUUGAUGAGAACAUCGCCGCUAUUCUAGGCGAAAGCUACAACUCCUGCCUAAAACUGCUCAAUCUUCAGUCUCCAGGGUCGUCAACGCGACAAGGCCACGACGGAGGAAAAACCGCCUUUGAUCGAAUUUAUGUCAAUAUACGAGGACACGGUCCGUUGCACUAUGCCGCCGCAAGCGGUUUUCUUGAUGCUCUGCGCUACAUGAUCGCAAGAUAUGAGUGCGAUGUGGAUCUGCCAAAUCAGCAUGUGGACGAGACCCCUCUAGUAUGCGCCUGCUCUGGUGGGAAACUCGAAUGCGCUUUGCUAUUGCUCCAUAAUGGGGCUGAUCCAAACGGAUGUUGGCAUGGGCAAGAAGGACCGCUACACUGGCUUUGUAGCUUUCUGCCCGACGAGAUGGAGACUAUCGCAUCCGCACUAGUCACGGUAGGGGCUGAUAUCGAACUUCGUUCUGGCGGAAUGCGCGCAGACGUUCGUGGUAUACGAGCUGAUUGGGAGCAUCUUUUUGAAACCAGAACAACGCCACUUGGAAGGGCAGUGCUCAUGAACAAUCUCGAGGCAGUCAAGGUGCUUCUGAAAUUAGGGGCUGAUCCUCUAAAGAAGAGUGCUAACGCACAUCCGGCUGAGUAUAAAGGACUGCAGAAUAUGGCAACGAUGAUCGACAUAUCCUCGCCUUUUGAGAUUGCUGCUGCCUUGACUCUUCCAGAUAUUCUUGCCGAAUUCAUCAAGCAUAUCGAUGGUCCCAGUGGAACACCUCGACAAAAGCUCCUGGACGUGUCCUCCGUUAUUAAUCUAGCACGUGGCAAGAAAAUCACCCAGUUUGACCCAUUGUCGUUGCAAAGUCGUCUCGUUCGUCACGGACCCAAAUGGAAAAGCAAUCUUCUGGGUACUUGGGUAAUACUGCAUGUUCGCGCACUUCCUUUUCAGGGUGAGAUGCCCGCCGAGGAGCUCCAAAAAGAACGUAGUAGGACACUGUGCAAUGAGGUGGCUCUUGGAAACCUAGACAUUGUAGAGUGCCUCCUAGAACUUGGGUAUAGCGCUAGCGGAACUUCGGAUCAUCGGCCCCUGCACAAGGCUAUCGAGUUAAAUCACGAGGACAUGUUCAAACUCCUCAUACGUUACCGGGCGGAUACUUCUGUUACAGCGAUAACGCCCGUUGGCAGUAUUUCCUUGCUCCAUGUUUGCGCGUCGCGACCACGCCAGUCACGUCCAGGGAGAGCCAUCGCCGAUGCUCUCAUCAAAGCUGGUGUGCCAAUCGAGAGCACGGAUAGACGUGUCAGACCACCCCUUGCAAUGGCAGUACUGAACCAAAACUUUGACGUCGCUCGGGCGUUAGUCGAGAAUAACGCUGAUGUCAAUGCGGUCUAUCCACUCCAAGUUCCCAGUUUCAACGGGCCGGAGACCAAAUCAGUCAGCGUUCUUGUGGAAAUUCUGUCUCAACAUACGAAUCGCACCCUCGAAUCGCUAAGGUUUCUUUUCGGCAAGCGUGAGGGUGGUCCAACCCAGCGACCUGCGUUCUACGUUGAUCUGACUAGCAAACUGACUAUUCUACACCUUCUUGCUGGUAGUCCCAACUACACGCAAAUCGGUCAGAUAACGCCCAAGAUUCUCAAUCUUUGUCUGGAAACCUACUCGGACUAUGAGCUCAUCAAUUCAAGGCACCCGCUUCUUGGUACUGCGCUAUAUUACGCUGCUGCGACUGGACAUAAGGCUAUGGUAGAGCGGCUUCUGCAAUAUGGUGCAGAUGAGACGCAUUCUGCGGGUCCUGAUGUUGAUGAUUCAGUGCAAACUCUAUUCAGACCAAGAGACUCUUGGACGCCGCUUUGGGCUGCGACACUACGAUUUGACGAAGAGUUGAAGAAGGGAGUGGUUUUUCCACCAGCUGGACCAUCCGGCGCAUGGCUAAACUCGAAUGUCAUACAGAAUCUUGAAAAGAAUGUGGCUUUCUUAUCCCUUAACAACAAGGACGCGUUGGCUAAACAGGCCAUCGAGCAACUUUGGAAGAAGAAGGAGUCGCUCCAGGCUGGAUUUCGCACAUCUCGGAUGGAGAGGGCCAUUGCGAAAAGAGCGAGGAAGGUCGGAGAAGAAUCUCCUGUUGAUCUUGGGAUACUUUCUGGGAAACCCGGGGAGAAUGACGAGAAGAGCAUACGGGAGGUAUGCACAGGCAUUGAAGAUGAUUGGAAGACCGGGGAAGUCCAGGCGAUCCUUGAGGGUCUUGGGCUCUAA